GUAUCUUGUAAACUUAAAUUUAUGUGCAUUGCAAAGAUAAACAAAAUUAUCGACUUUAGUUUCCAAAUAACAACCAAGCAAUGAAGUUCAUUUUUGUAUUAACAAUUGUUAUUCUUUUUGGAUACAGUCAUGCAUUUUGGUCAGCAUGUCCUGGAACGACUCUUCCAUCAUUAGACUCUAUGGAGUCACCUAGCUGCACAGACAGAUGUCGUGCAGUACGUGGUGAAGUAUUUUAUGGAACUCUUCGAAUGACUUUUCAAGAAGCUCAUCAAGAGCUUCGAUCAAGAGUGACUGCCUUCAUUUUUGGAAUAGGAGUUAAUAUUCCAGUCGAUCCACCUUUUGAUAACCAGUGUAAUUUGAUUCUUUUUACAAAUGGUACACAAGCAGGGUGUCCGACGAUUCCAAAUACUCAAUAUAUGCUUGUAAUAGAAAUGCUAAUUUCAACUCUUUAUCCAUCAUUCAGUAAUACAAGAGUUCAAGUUGACUAUUUUGAUGGGAAUGAAAGAGUAUUUUGCUACCAGUUUAUAGCUGAUCUUAUAUAGAUUUUAAGUGUUUUGUAAAAUUCAAGGUAAUUUAAUAAAUUUUAAAAACUACCCUAGCCGAA